AUGGAUCGCUCGCAACCCUCGUCGUCCAAUCUGAUGGACAACCACAACCGCCUCGUCGCCGACAUCCUCACGCGCUACCGCACCCUCAUGAUGCUCGCUACCGUCCAGGCAGAGGGCGAGCGGAACAACGCCACGCCCGAGACCAUGGCCGUGAGCGGCAUUUCCAUCAGGAUGGAAUUCGACUGUCUGAACUCGUCCAUCAAGGACCUCCUUUCGCUGUCGCGCAAGAUAAAGGAGCUGUGGGUCUUCGGACCGCUUGGCCAAGAUGACCCCGAGCGUAAGGCAAAGGACGCUCAGAUGGAGGAGCACGUCGCCAUGGUCUCUGCCCUGCUCAAUAGCCUUGAUGGCCGGCGCAUGAAGGAGUUGGCCGAGCGGUGUGGUGGAUCAUGGGAGGUGUUGGCGAAGGACGCAGCAGGUACGACGGCCAAGUGA